CGCUCGCACCAGACACUGCUGUAUCCAUCUCUCUCUCGUUUUUCCAGCCACGGAAAUCGGUGAACCGAUCGGUACGCUCUGAUUUUUCAGUAGUCUGGGGAUAGGUCACGUUUAUCUGUACAUUUACCGCGGAUGUACGUGAACCCGGAACCAACUCACAAUUUAGACAAAACAAGAAACCUUGCAAGUGAAUCUAUUGGGUCUGCUGCUGUGCUUUCGGACCGAGCAGAUCCUUCCUCUGUGCGAUCAUUUCCUUCUAUUUGUAGAGGAAGGGUGUUAGUUUUCGAAGUGAAAUCUCAGAAGUUGGUCUACAUUCGGGACUCGUAACGUGUUGCUCUAGUUUAUCAUGUACUUAAUGUAGAGUUACUGAUAUCUAAAACACGUCUGUAAAGUGCCGCGAUCAAGCCCAUCACUGUGUAAUGUCACAGUUGUCAAAUUGGAGCCCAGAUGGGGAACAAAACAAAACAAAACCGUAGGCUAUAGCUCGCACUUCUACAGAUCCAUCCAGCACGCACAUUUAUGCCAAAUAACGCAUAGGGGCAAAUCCAUUUCUCUUUCCAUCUCAACGGCAUAAUAUAGCCACUGAUUUAGUUUUUUUAGUUUUGUUUUCCUAUGUCAAACUGUAGGCUAGGCUACUCACUGAAAGACCUUUUGCAAAACCCAGCUCUGACCGAAGCGGAAGAGGACAGUUUUUUUCUGUCUGAGAUACGGGACACUGGAUUUACCCGCUGGUGGAGACAGUGAUUGUGUGUUAGUGAGGUGAGCUGAGCAAAGGAAAACAGCGCUCAUUGAGACCUUCUCCUGCCGUCUGACUACCCUCAGCAUCCGGUUUCGUGCAACAGAAGAAGUGGUCAACGGAUCAUGUCUCCACUGUUACGUGGAAACUAAUGCACUACCGGGUCCAGAAACCCGUCCUCUGACCACACACACUACUUCUACAUUACCCACGAUUCCUGUCUGCAAAAAAAGUAAGGACUUAGGUGUUGAAGCCCUUAGGUGACUUGGACUUCCUUGUUUUACUAUUGAACUAUUUCAGCACCACUAACCAGUUCUUAGAGGGACUGUAGAGGCACUGAGAGACAGUCAUAGAGUAAAGAGAGAAAAACAAAGAACAACGAAAACAAAAUGGCCAACAACACGGCGGACCACCCUCCAGGGAACUCUGUUGCCGAUGGCAACCAAGAAGGGGACUUUGGCAUCACGGUGAUGGAUCUCCGGGACCUGAUGGAGCUGAGGAGCGGAGAGGCCGUCACCAAGAUAGCCGACUCCUACGGAGACGUGCAAGGGCUCUGCCGUAGGCUCAAGACAUCACCCAUCGAGGGUCUGUCUGGUAACCCAGUGGAUCUGGAGAAGCGCCACACAGCGUUUGGGAAGAACUUCAUCCCUCCUAAAAAGCCUAAGUCUUUCCUGGCGCUGGUGUGGGAAGCUCUACAGGAUGUUACUCUAAUCAUCCUGGAGAUUGCUGCCGUCAUCUCCCUGGGCCUGUCCUUCUACCACCCUCCCGGGGGAGAUAGCGAACUGUGUGGUGAGACAGCAUCUGGAGUGGAGGAUGAGGGCGAGGCGCAGGCGGGUUGGAUCGAGGGCGCCGCCAUCUUGUUCUCUGUUGCCAUCGUUGUCUUGGUGACAGCGUUUAACGACUGGAGCAAGGAGAAGCAGUUCCGCGGGCUGCAGAGCCGCAUCGAACAGGAGCAGAAGUUCACCGUCAUCCGCAAAGGCCAGGUCAUCCAGAUCCCUGUGUCCGAACUAGUGACAGGAGACAUCGCCCAGAUCAAAUACGGUGAUCUGCUGCCAGCUGAUGGUAUCCUGAUCCAGGGCAACGACCUGAAGAUUGACGAAAGCUCUCUGACUGGUGAAUCAGACCAAGUCAGGAAGUCCCUCGAGAAAGACCCCAUGCUGCUGUCCGGCACCCAUGUGAUGGAGGGAUCAGGUAGAAUGGUGGUGUCUGCAGUGGGUCUCAACUCCCAGACUGGAAUCAUCUUCACUCUGCUGGGGGCGGGAGACGGCGACGAGGAAAAGAAGAUCAAGAAAGGUAAAAAACAAGGACCCCCCGAAAAUCGCAACAAAGCUAAGACCCAGGACGGCAUUGCCCUGGAGAUCCAGCCCCUGAAGAGUGAGGUUGAGUCCGAGGAGAAGGAGCCGGAGGUGGAGGUCAAACAGGUGAAGAGGGUUCAGAUCACCAAGAAGGAGAAGUCUGUGCUGCAGGGCAAACUCACCAAACUGGCUGUGCUAAUCGGGAAGGCAGGUCUGAUCAUGUCAGCAGUGACGGUGGUCAUUCUCAUUCUGUACUUCGUGAUUGAUACGUUCGGGGUACAGGGUCGCCCAUGGCUGAAGGAGUGUACCCCCAUCUACAUCCAGUACUUUGUCAAGUUCUUCAUCAUCGGAGUCACUGUGCUGGUGGUGGCUGUGCCUGAGGGGCUGCCUCUAGCCGUCACCAUCUCUCUGGCCUACUCUGUCAAGAAAAUGAUGAAAGACAAUAACCUGGUGCGUCACCUGGAUGCGUGUGAGACAAUGGGGAAUGCUACGACCAUCUGCUCCGACAAGACAGGCACCCUCACCAUGAACCGUAUGACCGUGGUGCAGGCCUACUUGGGAGACACACACUACAAGAAAGUACCGGAACCCGACGUCAUCAAACCAUCCACACUGGAAGUCCUGGUCAACAGCAUCGCCAUCAACUCAGCCUAUACUACUAAGAUCCUGUCUCCAGCGAAGGAGGGAGGUCUGCCCCGCCACGUUGGCAACAAGACAGAAUGCUCCCUAUUGGGCUUCGUGCUGGAACUGAAGAGGGACUACCAGCCAAUCAGGGACGAGAUUCCUGAGGAGAAGCUGUAUAAGGUGUACACAUUCAACUCCUCCCGUAAGAGCAUGAGCACGGUGCUGAAGAACACAGACGGUAGCGGCUUUCGCAUGUACAGCAAGGGAGCCUCCGAGAUCGUCCUACGCAAAUGUUCCCGUAUCCUGGACACGAACGGGGAGCCACGUAUCUUCAAGCCUAAGGACCGUGAUGAGAUGGUGAAGGUGGUGAUUGAGCCCAUGGCCUGUGACGGUCUAAGGACCAUCUGUGUGGCCUACAGGGACUUCCCUGCCGAGGCAGGAGAACCAAACUGGGACAACGAGGCCGAUAUCCUCAACGAGCUCACCUGCAUCUGUGUGGUCGGCAUUGAAGACCCUGUCAGACCUGAGGUACCUGAUGCUAUCCUCAAGUGCCAGAGGGCUGGCAUCACCGUCCGCAUGGUUACCGGGGACAACAUCAACACCGCCCGUGCCAUAGCAACCAAGUGUGGCAUCCUGUUGCCAGGCGAGGACUUCUUGUGUCUGGAGGGCAAAGAGUUCAACCAGCUGAUCCGUAAUGACCAGGGAGAGGUGGAGCAAGAGCGUCUGGACAAGGUGUGGCCCAAGCUGCGUGUGCUGGCUCGUUCCUCUCCUACUGACAAACACACUCUGGUCAAAGGUAUCAUGGACAGCACCGUCCUCGAGACACGACAGGUGGUGGCUGUGACAGGCGACGGAACUAACGAUGGCCCCGCCCUGAAGAAGGCUGAUGUUGGAUUUGCUAUGGGUAUCGCCGGUACGGACGUGGCUAAGGAAGCGUCAGAUAUCAUUCUGACUGACGAUAACUUCACUAGCAUCGUCAAGGCUGUCAUGUGGGGCCGCAAUGUCUAUGACAGCAUCUCCAAGUUCCUCCAGUUCCAGCUCACUGUCAACGUGGUGGCCGUCAUCGUGGCCUUCACUGGUGCCUGCAUCACACAGGACUCUCCUCUGAAAGCGGUGCAGAUGUUGUGGGUUAACCUGAUCAUGGACACCCUGGCGUCCCUGGCCCUAGCCACCGAGCCCCCCACUGAGUCCCUGUUGCUGAGGAAGCCGUACGGCCGCAACAAGCCCCUAAUCUCUCGCACCAUGAUGAAGAACAUCCUGGGUCAUGCCGUCUACCAGCUCACAAUCAUCUUCACCCUCCUGUUCGCUGGAGAGAACAUCUUUAAUAUUGACAGUGGGCGCAACGCGCCCCUCCACUCGCCGCCCUCGGAGCACUACACCAUCGUGUUCAACGUGUUUGUCAUGAUGCAGCUGUUCAACGAGAUCAAUGCCAGGAAGAUCCACGGAGAGAGGAACGUUUUUGAGGCCAUCUACCGUAACCCCAUAUUCUGUAGUGUGGUCCUGGGAACCUUCGUCCUGCAGAUUGUCAUUGUCCAGGUCGGAGGGAAGCCCUUCUCCUGCACCGCUCUGACCAUCGACCAGUGGCUCUGGUGUGUGUUCAUCGGAGUGGGAGAGCUGCUUUGGGGACAGCUGAUCUCAGCCAUCCCCACCCACCACCUGAAGUUCCUAAAGGAGGCUGGCCACGGAACCCAUAAGGAGGAUGUCCCUGAAAACGAGAUGAACGAGGGGGACGAUGAGAUCGACCACGCUGAAAUGGAGCUCCGUAGGGGUCAGGUCCUCUGGUUCAGGGGCCUCAACCGCAUCCAGACUCAGAUGGACGUGGUCUAUACGUUCCAGACGGGUCAGGCUCCGGUGCCGGGGGCAUUGAGACGCCAGCCCUCAGUGGUCAGCCAGCACAACGACGCCAAAACAGUCUCUAGCCCCACACACGUAGGGCUUUCCUCUUCCUCCCUGUCUGCCAACUCUGCCGGGGCCCCGCCCCUUCCUACUCCUGCCGUCGCUGCUUCCUCCUCCACUGCAGGCAAUUAAGGUGGUGAAUGCGUUCCGUAGCUCUCUUUACCCGGGGCUAGAGAACCGAGAAUCAAAAAAUUCCAUCCAUAACUUCAUGGCCCACCCUGAGUUUGUUCCCCUGUCUGAGGAAGAGGCGCGGAUCCCUGACAUCGAUGAGAGCAGCAGUGAUGAGGUGGUGCUCCAGCUCAUGCCCAGAUCCUUCUCUGGAGGGGCAGAAGCUCCAGACGUCAGCCACGAGGCCUCCUGCUGAUCACCUCCUCUCUUCUCCUCUCUUCCGUUGUGCUCUGUCCAUCUCCCCCUGUCGGCCGGCUGGUUACCCUCCUGCACUUCCUCUCUUCCACCACUAAGAGGACAAGCGGUGCGCCCCUCAUCCCACAGAGGGUACACCCAGAGCAGGCAAGGGGUCCCAGCGUCUCCCCCUCUUCACCUACCCCUCUUCACCUACUCCUCUUCCUCCGCCUCCUCUUCCCUCCACUUCCUGAACCCUACACCUACCUCUCACCUGCCCCACCCACCCACUUUGCCAUUCCCAUGGGCUGGCACUGAAUGUGGUGUGUAUGCCCUUUAAGUAUGUACAGCAGAGUGACAUGUAGACCAUCAAAUCACAUCGCGCCCCAAACUCAUGGGUGGGAGGGGCCAUGUGGGGUCCACCAAUCUGCUCUGUCAAAGGCUGUAGCCUGUCCUACUGUCCAUCUUUGGAGUUUUAAUAUCUUUUUUUUUGUCCUGUAACAUUUCAUUGUUUUAUUUUAACCUCAGAUAGCCCAGAACUGAAACACAACAUGUUUAUCCUUUUGUACGUGCUUAUUACACCCUGCAUACACUAACUGACACAGCACUUUUAGAGUAUAUCUAUGUGUACAUACAGUAUAUAUGCUUUAUAGGCUCUUCAACACAGCUCCAAGCAGAUUUGAUGAUCAGAUGAACAUGGGCCAUGUGAUUUAACAGUUUUCAGCUACUAAGUUUUGCCACUCCAUCUCUCAACCUGUGUUUUAACUGUACUGUGUGUAUGCAUUGGUACUGUUUUGAAGCAUGAUGUACUAAUGGGUUAUGCAGUUCAACCCAGGAACCCAUGUCUUCAUUCAUUCUGAUAAACUACAUAUUUUCAAUGAUGAAGGUUCAACCGUCUAAACAUCUCUCACUUUAGUUUGGUUCUUCUGGGUCCAUUUGACAUGAUUUUAUUAUGAUUUCUCCUGUUUUUAUGAAAGGAAAGUACAAAGGAUGCUAGUCUAUAUUAACAGAAAAGUGAACUAUCUUAAAACAACACAUUGAAAGAAAAGCUAGCAGCAGGCUAGAGCCAGAGGGAACCCCCUCUCUGUGGAGUGGGAUCAUAGCAAGACCAUGUGGAAAAAAGGGAGGGGCAUCUCCCUCAUCUGAUGAUCUCAUCCAAUCAGGGUUAUGGUUUUCCCUAGCCCGUUGAGAGGAAGUUGACAGCUUACGAUACUGCCUCAAUAUGGAGGAAGAAUAAGAACGUCCGUGUCUCCCUCUCUCGUAUGCAUAACGUAUUUGAUUCAUGUUUCAGCCGUGUUAAAUAUAAUGGGAAUUUAGAGAUGGUUUUGGGAGUCAUUAUUUGCCGGGGUUAGAACCUACCUUUUCCUGUGUAUAGACAGAAAUGGGAAGUUGUUAUUUCUUUAGUCUGUCACUCCUUUUUUCCACACAUAAAAAAACUAAACAUGAAUACAUUCUGAUCUGUACCUUACCAAGGCAAAUGUACAACUCUUUUUUCACUGUUGACGAAAGGGCGUUGGGCUUGUUCCUGUUAGCUACAGCUUGACUGUGUGUAUCGUUAUCGAGUGUCACUGUGUCUGCUUCAGAGUGACAAAGGACUAUCGAUCUCUCCCACAAUGCCUCUGGGAGGUGCAACCAUUAGAGGCUGGCCUGCUAGCAUAGGGACACAACACAUCUCCACAUGUCCUCUAGGGUCAACUCACCUACCAACCAACCCACCAACCACAGAUAAUGGCCUAACAAGAAGAGGAAUACUCUAACCAGAAAAAAACCCCGAUACAACCAGAGAUGUUGAUACAUGAGAGCUCCUGUAUUCAGUGGUGCAUGUCGUUGUUUUAAAUGAUGGUACAGAGAGUUUAAACUUGGCUCCCACUCCGACCACCAACUCUGUGACAGAGAGUGUGACGCCCUCAACAGGAUAUGUGCUAUCGAUGUACUACUGCCAUAUUUUCAACCUUAUUUUCAUAUCUAGGUUACUUACUUCGAUAGAACCCUCUGAUGAUACACCUUUUCUACUUACUCAGAGCCAUAUUUUAUAGGUUGUUGUUGUUUUGUACCCCAUCGUUAUUGAGGUUUCAUUUCUAUUCCACUCUGACCCUAAAAUUGAUGGAUGCAAAACAACGUGUCACUGCCGAUACAUGUGUCAUGGACUACAACGAUGUUUACAGAACAUAGUCUGCCUGCUGCCGUAAGCCUGCUGCCGUAAGCCUGCUCGCGCUGCGCCUCCCUCUUCUGGCUGGUCUCCUUGCUUAGUGCAUCAUUAUUGGGAAGCUUUCUUGCAUGAUUUUCAUAUAAACUAAAUGUUUUGUUCAUUUUUUACAAUUCUUCUGUAUUUUUAUAUUUAGUAUUUUUUAAUAUUUUGGAAUAUAUAUGUAUAGGCUGAAGUGUUUUGGUGACAGUCCAUUAAUGAGAUGAAUCAACAGCAGAAUAUGUUUCUAUAUACAGUAUAUUUAUGCCACAUUUGUAAACCAUGAUUGGUUGUCCGAUGCUGGGGCUAAGGAAGCUAAAAUAAACUGUUUACUCACUGUAGGCCAUGCGAUUGGACAUACUCUUUCAGCAAUCAGGCCUUACCACCUCUUUCCCUUCACUAUAUACAGUCUUAAAGAGACAGUAGCUUAAAUUCUGCUAUUUCUCUCAGUAACUUAAAUCAAAUGAGGUCCCAAUGAAAGCGAGUCAAAUAGAACAUGGUAGUAAACCGAACAUUGAAGUAAUGUUAAAUUAAUUUGGAGUAUAUAUGAUUUUUAAUCUCUAUAUACAUAUAUUUAUUACAUGGGGUCUGUUCUUUCAGACUAAUAUGACUGCGAGUUUCAUUUAUUUUUUGAGAGGAUCGGUGCACUUAGACAACUGGGUAGUGACUUUAGUCGACUUGUCGAAAAGAGGGCGUGAAUUUCGAUUUCAUCCAAAUCAAUCGUUAACCUUUUUUAUUCUAAUGAUUUAGGAAACCGUUUAGAGUAGAACUGUUAAACCGGUAGUGACAUCACUGCCUCUUCCUGUUUGUGUCCGUAAACAGAAACAAGAUGCUUUUGCUGUGGUGUCCGUUACAUGCUGACCAAACCGGCUCUACACAUAUUGAUUUUGUCUAUCCCUACCAGACACGUUCAUGUCUAUCCCUACCAGACACGUUCAUGUCUAUCCCUACCAGACACGUUCAUGUCUAUCCCUACCAGACACGUUCAUGUCUAUCCCUACCAGACACGUUCAUGUCUAUCCCUACCAGACACGUUCAUGUCUAUCCCUACCAGACACGUUCAUGUCUAUCCCUACCAGACACGUUCAUGACACGUAGGUUAACAUUCCAAAACCAACUUUUAAUUCAUAUAUUCAUUUGGGGGCAGGUCGAAACACACAUGAAACAUUUGCUGUUGCUAGCUAAUUUGUCUGGGAGAUAAACAUUGGGUUGCUAUUUAGUUUUUUUUGUUGUUGAUCUUUCCUUGUUCAUCUUUCUUAUGUGGAUUUUAUAUGGCUGUGUGGACCUUGUUCAUCUUUCAAUCACUCACGUGGUUAUAUGCUUGUAAAAACCAAUGAGUAGAUGGUAAGGCGGGACUUACAGCGCAUUAAGCGUCUAAAAUAGAACCAAGUUCUAUUUUAGUGCCUGGCUAUGCAGACGGCCGUUGAUGCGCAUGAGCAGUUUGGAUUAAAUGAUUGAAUAACAUGUAUGUGGACAUUUAUUUUCCAACACACAAGCGGACAGUUUGGUCAGUAUGUUAGACAGAGACUCAUUUUCGGGACACAUUUUGGGGACUCGUUUUCAAUGGUAAAUCUUUAUUUUCUUCUUAGAUAAUAUAUUUGGAAGACUGCACUUCUACAUUGAAUACACUGUGUAAAUAUUGCCAUGGGAUGAUUUUGAACUUUGAACUCUAGGUAAUGAAAAGGGGUCAGUCAGUCAGUGAUCACCCAGCAUAGCUUUAAGAAUGUUCAGCCAAAGUCUUGUUUUUUACAAUCGCUGUUUUUUUUAUACUUUCUUUUUCUUUUUGCCCAGAUUGUUUUAAACUAUUAUUGUCAGGUGAAUGUAUUUCCAUACUUUCCAUCUCCCCAAAAUAGCAAAUGUUGUUGCAUGUAAAUGUGGACAGAGAACUUGAAGCGUCGCUAAGAUUGUCCUUCUUCUAUUGCCAUGGUUGUGCUGUUGUUGAUCUCUUAUUGAACUGGUUGCCCUUCCAUUCCGUAGGUGAACAGAUACUCCAUCCGCUAGAAACACCCCAAUCUUUUUGUUUGUUUGCUGUUUUGUUAUUAACCUUGGCACGACUGUACUACAGAAGCAGACCAACAGGUCUGUAUGUCUGAGGUGGAUGGCGAACUAAAGAACAGCCAGACAGUCCUGGCACAGUUUGGUUUCUCUGUUGGACAAGCCCAUUGCUGCUUCUGACCAAUCUGUAAGACCUUUCCUCUUAUUGCACAUGUUUCAAUUAUGACUCAUGUAUGACAAAAUUAAACAUGCUAAGGCAUUGGGCAAUAACUGUUGACUGUAAAGGACUGCAUUGCUUCUCUAAAGCGUUGUCUUUCUUAGAUAGCUUUCUUUUCAUUGGGUUUGGGGGAUUUCUUCUGGGGCAGCUUCUCCGCAGUUGUAAAUAAAAAAAGGUUUGAAAACUGGAAUAUCACAUUUGAAAGUCAUAACCCCUUUAUUUUACAUAGGCCGAUGUUUACCCGAACCAGUUCUUGUGUUUUAAUACAUUUUCAAUUGCAUCUAAUUGCGAAAAGACAGAAAAAUAACGUUCUGUAAUUGAUAUGAUACACCGUAAUAGACACUGGUGUUAUUUUUGUAUAAACAUAAUAUCAUCUGUGUGGCAUGCAUGACGUAUAAACAACUUGGUGGUUUAAAGCAAUAUGUCCAACCUGGUAGGAUUGGUACUUUCGUGUUCUGUGUAGCCUAAACCACGCUGUACUAGAGAAUUAAAAAAAAUUGCCAUUUGUAAAAAAGCUAGCUGUUCAAUGUUCUGCAUGUUUAAGUAUGGAAUGAGACAUCCCAAAUGUUUAACUGCUUCCAAAACAAAACUCCCACAUUUUGACUGAGUUGCUGUCCCAGUGAAACACACUGAGAGGAUGCUGCCUUGAAAAUAUAGGAUGGAAUGGAGGAGAGAUGGGGUGGGGUGGGGUGGAGGAUGGAUGGGGUGGGUGGAUGAAUGGGGUGGAUGGAUGGGUGGAUGUGUGAAUGGGACUCCAAUUCAAUUUCACAAAGAUCAGUUCACUGAAGUGCUUUCUCUGUAGGUACUGUAACAUGUCCCUGUUGAGUACUUCAUCACUAGUGUGGAACGAUUACUACCUGGAUAUUAACUAAGGUACUUGUUGACUGUGUCAUUGUUCAUUCAUAAGGGACUAACAGCAACCACGCAGUCUACCAUCUGACUUUACCCCAUCUCACCAUAGCAGACGGAUGUGAAAACCAGCUCAACAAAAGCUUCAUACAUCAACUAUAUAACACCAUAGUAACACAGUAAAUGUAUAUAUUUUUUAAAACAAACACACUUUGUAAUUUAACCACAAAUAUUGUUUAUUUUUAAUUUUUGGUAUUUAGAAAGAACAAUCCUUAUCACUAGCCCCAUGCUGAAUCUCUUUCAGCACCGACUGAGAAGUAAUGAUGAUGCCAUGCUGUUCAUUGUUUAUUCCAUCAUCCAGCCAAAGCCAUGGGGAAUUACUCUUUAACAAGGUAGGCAUUCUUUAUUCAGGUCAUCAUUUUACAUGUAUCACAUCAAUUGAUUUCCUCAUUACUCUCCCUCUCUCAUUCCAUCUCCCUCCAUCCAAGGACUGAGCUCGUCUGCUGCUGUGCCAAACUGCAGUCAACCUCUCUUCUAGCAGCAGCAUCUCAGAUGUGUGAGAUUCUUUACUGGUUUAUUCAACAGUUCUAUCCAUUAUGGUAGUUCCUUCUAGUUGACCCUUUAAGGCUCUGUUUUUCCGCCUCUUUUUCCCACUCUUUCGAUCUCGCUAGUUGCAUUCUAUCGAGGGCUGGAUAAGGCUAUGCUCUGUCAGUGAGACCUGUGUGUACAGUAUGUCUCUGUGGGUCUUGUUGCCACAUGCAGAUUCCCAAUGUCUAAAGUCCUACAUCUGCCCUGAAUCACUUCGAUUAACAAGGCUCAUCUGUGUGUGGUCACCAAGUGCUAUGGGGGAGAGUAGAGAAGUGUUUCACAGGCCGCAUGUCUCUUGUCUAAUUAAAAACACAUUGACAACUUGCUCUUCUAUCAGAGAACGAUUCCAUAUCAGUAAAACAGAACGACAUUCUGCUGUUGUCAACAGCAGUCUAGCUUGUCUCGUCUCCUUUAUGGGUUGCUGCUGAUCUAGAGGAGGAAGAUAUAAAAGAGAGUUUCCCUUCUCUUUACAUCACCAGUUACUGUGACUCUAUGUACAUCACAGGUGUGCCUCAGCUUAAGCACUUGGUUGGUGUCUUUCUUCAUAGCUUCAUGUUGUUGAAACCAGGAAGUUCUGUUUUUAUUUUUUAUUUAACCCUUAUUUUAUCAGGUGACUGAAAUCACAUUCUCAUUUACAGCAACAACCUGGGGAAUAGUUACAGGGGGAUGAAUGAGCCAAUUGGAAGCUGGGGAUGAUUAGGUGACUGAUGGUUUGAGGGCCAGAUUGGGAAUAUAGCCAGGACACCGGGGUUAACACCCCUACUCUUAUGAUAAGUGCCAUGGGAUCUUCAGUGACCACAGAGAAUCAGGACCCCGUUUAACAUCCCAUCCGAAAGACUACCCUACACAGGGCAAUUUCUUUUAGACCAGAGGAAAGAGUUCCUCCUACUGGCCCUCCAACAGCAUCUGGUCUCCCAUUCAGGGACCGACCAGGACAAACCCUGCUUAGAUUCAGAAGUAAGCCAGCAAGAGAGGUAUGAGGGCAGCUGAUUGGUUUAUCUGAGCAUGUUGGAGUGACCCUAGGUCAUUCUGGAGAUCCAUCGCUCAUUCUGGUUGGCUUGGUGUGAACAUAAUUGUAUACAUUUUUCAAAGAGCACAGUCUUGUUUUGCUAAAUUGAGCUGUGUUAACACUGACAGCUUUUUACAUUUUUUUGCUCAUUUCUCUCGAGGUGAGAUGUUGUUUCAACGCCCUGACCUGCAACGAUGUUAAUGCAACCAUGACUAAUUCUGACAGGCACUCAAAAUGGUUUGGUGUUACAUGUGAAAUUUAGUUUUGGUUUCAUGGUCGUGUCCCCACAGAGCUGAGGUACUGAAACGGGCAAGCCUGUUGAUUUGAUUGACGCAAGAAACAACAGCAAAAUCAGGGGAGGAAUUAAAUUGGCUGAAAUUGCUAAGUGUGUGUGUGUGUGUGCGCAUAAUAGUAAAUGUGCAAAUGUGAGGGUUUGUAUUGAGGCUCAUUCUCUGUGGGUACAGUAACUCUCUGUUUCCUUCUAGAAGGGCCUUUGAGCAGCGUCUCCUCAGUUUGUGUCUCACCUGACAGACACACAACACACACAUUCAUUCCCUGUCCUUUCCCACCAUCUCCUCUUUAGUAAAUAAGAUUCAUUAUCAUGCCAAAAUGUCAGACCUGUUUGCUUCAAACUAUGCAACAGAAUUCUGCUAUUAGAAUAUGGUUGAUUUAUUUCCUCAAUUCUCCUCAACACACUCUCUCUCUCCUUCUCUCGCUCACUCUCUCUUUCUCUGUCUGUGUGUGCUUGUCUAUGUCUCAAUGGAUCCAGUUGUUUACCAUAUUUGAUUUCUUUCUACUAACAGAAACAGAAGUGUAUAAUGUAUGUCUGUAUGUGUGUACACGAUGUGCAAGCACCCUGAAUUGUUCUUUACUCUGUUGUAAUAAUGAUCAUGUUGAAUGCCUUGGUCUUUAUGUCCUGUAGUUUGAAUUUAACAGAACAAAAAAUGAUAAUCAAGCAAGAAAGUUGUUAUAAAUAUAUAUAUAUAAAUAUAUACAAAUCUAUAUACAUAAAAUAAAGCCAUUGGGAUUUGAAAUACA